AAAUCUCACUGGCAAUAAAGGGACAGAGCUUACAUUGCUCCGGUCACAGACGGGAUCUCAGCAGAAACCUGGGAAGAUCGCUCUGUAUCUGCCCCUUCUCAGAGCAGCACGUGGGUCUAACUCUUCCUGGGUGACAGCGCUGUAUCAGCAGUUUGGAGACAGACAAGCCAGGGCUUGACCUGAAGGAGCACCUGCUUCUGCAGCUGAACAAGACAACGGUGCUGAAAUCUGGACUUGGAAUCGAGGAGAGAUGAGCAACCCUCAGCCCUUAAAGGAGGAAAAAUAUGAUAUGUCGGGCUCCCGUCUGUCCCUGACACUGUGUGUCACCAAAGCCCGGAAGGGUUCUGAGGAAGACAUGGAUGCCCUGAAACGCAUGUUCCAUCACCUAAAAUUUGAAAGCAUCAUGAAGUCAAACCCCACUGCUGAGCAAUUCCUGGAAGAGUUGGACAAAUUUCAGCAGACCAUAGAUGACUGGGAAGAGCCCGUCAGCUGUGCCUUCGUGGUGCUCAUGGCACAUGGCGAGGAAGGCCUCCUCGAGGGAGAAGAUGAGAAGAUGGUCAGGCUGGAGGACCUUUUUGAGGUCUUGAACAACAAGAACUGCAAGGCCCUGAGAGGCAAGCCGAAAGUGUACAUCAUUCAGGCCUGCAGAGGAGAGGACAGAGACCUCGGUGAAGAAAUGGGUGGAGAUCAGGUUGCUGUGAUCAGGAAGAACCGUCCCCAAACCAUCCCAACCUAUACGGAUACCAUGCACAUCUACUCCACAGUAGAGGGCCACCUCUCCUAUAGACAUGAGGAAAAUGGCUCCAGCUUCAUACAGACCCUGACAGAUGUGUUCAUGAACAAAAAAGGGCCCAUCACAGAGCUGCUGGAAGAGGUAACCCAACGUAUGGCAGACAUGGAGGUGAUUCAAGAAGGGAAACCAAGGAAAGUGAACCCUGAAGUCCAAAGCACCCUCCGGAAGCAACUCAUCCUGCAAUAAAACAACGGGCAGUGACAGCUCUCCUCCUGCAGGUGCUCUCUCUGCCCCACAGAUGUUUAGAGACAGCGACGACACCUCGAAGAUUGCUGCUGGACUCCUCAUUCAUCACACCCCUUUAUCCAUGUCUUUCUUUAGAACAACCAGCCAAAACAGAGCACAUAUUAACGCAACAUUAACACCGCCUUCCUCAGGCUCGACUCCCUACGUCCGUUACCGCAGCCUCAGAUUGCCUUCAGAUAGCUAACUUUCUGCUCCUUCUGCCUUACUAAGCCUUGCUCUUCCUCCUGUGACUCACACGAAAAUAUAUAAAAAGUCAUUCUUACUUCAGAAGGAGGAGCUUUCUGAACAAUUUCUAGAAACUCCUCAUAACCUGCAGCUAAGGUCGCCACUGUGGGAUCUGGGCACUAGGCUGGAAGACAGACCAGCCAUAUUGUCUUUCAAGUAUAUGGUUCAUGGUUUUAUGGCCGCGUCUGUCAUUGUAAAAACUCACAGUUUAAGAUGGGCCUUUUCAACCUGGCGGUGAUGAUGCACGCCUUUAAUCCCAGCACUCUGGAGGCAAAGGCAGGUGGAUCUCUGAGUUCAAGGCCAGCCUGGAC